UUGAAGAAGUUACCUACAGAUUAACCAAAGUUUAUAUUUACAUAAUCUGAAUUGAUAUUAAACAUAGGACAGGAUAUUUUUGCACCGUUUACAUUUUAAUCUCUACCUAAUCCACCCUUGAACUUAUGAAAAAAGAUGGUACGGUCGAAGUGCGUUAUUUCACUGGGCGUAAUAUACCGUUUAUAUUUUACCGCAGUGAUAUAAACCUAUACCUUGUCUUGUUGUCUCGCGGAGAGUGCACACUGUUGGUUGUUACCAUUGUAUAUACAGUAAUAAUCCACCCUUAAUGAUGGACCACCUUUAAUGAUGGGAAUGGAGAAGAUACUUUUAUAAAGCACUACAGUGUUGAUAUGAGUGUUAUUAAAUUAAUGGAUAAUACACCAACGGGGAGGCGGAGAUAAAAUCAUGUUUAAAAAAGAACACGUCCUGUUAUAUCAUUUAUUUCAGUAACUUUACGGAUAUUUUCAGAGAGGGACUGAUCUUAUUUUCGUUUAAAAACUUAUUUGAAAAGCUCUGCUGCAAAAUAGAGUUAGCGUAAUUUAUUUUAAAAAAAACACACACUUAACAUCCAUUUUUAACAUGAGGUUAAUGUUGAAGAUCGGAAGAUGUUUGAAGAAAAGUUAUAUCCUAAUUAUAACUUGUAUUCUGCUACUUUCUGUGUACUCAAUUUCGAUUGGAACUGUCUCAUUCCCCAGUGCUGCAGCGAUUGAAGGUCAUGUUUUAGUCAGAAAGACAGCAAGCAUCGAGACAAGUGUCACAGUUCAAAAAGACUCCUUGUAUGAAAAGAAAGCAGACGACAUAGAAAGUGAAAGAAGAGCAGACGAAAUUCGUAAGCGAAUUACUGAUUCCCGGGCUGGAAACUUUACUUAUGAUUCAAGGGUUCAUAACGAUGUGUUUGACACAUCAAGAGGACAAUUUCGUGUGAUAGACAGAUACUUGAAUAAGAAGGAGCAUGGAUUUUUCGUGGAGAUCGGAACUGACGGAGUACGACCAGAUUCGCUGACAUAUUUAUUGGAGAAAAGUAGAGGUUGGACUGGAUUAGUUAUAGAACAUGAUAGCAAGAAGCUCGAGUCCCUCAUGAACAUGAGGAGGAAUUCUAAAUUUCUACAAGCCUGUAUACAUGCAUCAACUGAAAACUGGCCGUUCAAUAAUAUCACCGAGGGUUCUUGUUUCACAUUAUCGGACAUAUUAACAUACCUUAAACGGAGCAGCAUUGAUUUACUUGUGUUAGACGUCACCGGGCAGGAAAUGCAGUUGUUGACGUCAUUUCCGUUUCAAGAUGUUGACGUCAGCAUGAUUAAUAUCGAAGUUCAUGGAACAAAUCAGUAUUUGAAAGAUGUUGUGCAAAGUUUAUCAUCUCGGUUCAUAAGUGUACAGUUGAUGACUAAUCAUAUAUAUGGAAAGACGGACAUAGUGUUUGUUAAUAAGAAAAUAAGUUCAUGAUUUCUAUAUAUAUAGUAUUUAAACAUGACUUAUCACAUAAACCGCGGCGCAGGAGUGUAAUAAAGCCAUUUAAUAAAAACGAUAUUACACUAGACGAUAUUACACUAGUGUAAUAACACUUUGACGUCACGUCAUUUGCGCUAUAAACAUAGCGUUAAAGCGCGCUAAUGUUAGCGUUACCACUAUAGGCGCGUCAAAUAAAAGUGACUCUUGUUAACAGUUUACCGUUCUUAUUUUAUAUAUGUGAUAAAUAGAAUAUUAUAUUCGUGUAGAUUCAAUACUAAAUUUAUCGAACUCG